GGAACGUCACGUCAGGCGGUUCAAAGAGGAGCAAAGAUGGCGGACAACAAAGGCCAAGGGGAUACAGAGAGCUCGGCUAGCAUGGAGGCAGAACCUCCGACGACGCUUAACGGAGACGACGCAGGCGAACACAGCGAGACAGCGAACAGCGCGGACGCCGCCCCGAAGGACGGAGACGACGGACAGGGCCGGGAAACCGCUCCGGAGACGCCGACACCCAGCGCCGAGAGCAGCGAGCCUGCCGCCGCCAGCGCCGCCACCGAUGGAGGGGGAGGAGGAGGAGGAGAAGAGGUGGACGGAGAAGGUGGUGGUGGUGGUGGUGGUGGAGGAGGAGGAGGGGAUGCAGAGAGAGGAGGUGGAGAAGCGAGCACCAGCAGCGGUCAUGUUAACCCUAGCCCGGACACGAACUCGAACGCGGAGAGCACCGAGCCCGCGGUAGACGCCACAGCCACCGCCGCAGUGGCGAGCAUGCCUUCCCCAGCUCCCGGUGCUGAGACGGCGGCUGGCGCGGCUGCGACUCCGACACCACCAGCGGCAGCAGCGGCGGCGGCGACUCCGGCUGCGGUGCCGCUGAACCUCCUGGAUACCUGCGCCGUGUGUAAACAGAGUCUCCAGGGCCGAGACUGCGAGCCCAAACUCCUGCCCUGUCUGCACUCGUUCUGUUUAAAGUGUGUCCCUCAGCUGGAGAGACAGGUCAGCCUGGGAGUCACCGGUCCUCAUGGUCAGGACACACACGUCGUGAACGUCAUGCGGUGUACGGUUUGCUACCAGGACUACAAACCGAUCGACAUGGUGGACAAUUACUUUGUCAAGGACUCGACAGAGGCGUCUAGCACAGCGGCAGAAAAAUCGAUGCAGGUAUGCACCAGCUGCGAGGACAACGCCAGCGCUGUCGGUUUCUGCGUAGAGUGCGGCGAAUGGCUAUGCAAGACGUGCAUCGAAGCGCACCAGAGAGUGAAAUUUACCAAGGAUCAUACGAUACGGAAGAAAGAGGAGGUCUCUCAAGAGUCAGUAACUACAUCAGGACAAAGGACGGUCUUCUGUCCGGUCCACAAACAGGAGGCGCUCAAGCUCUUCUGUGAGACCUGCGACAAGCUGACCUGCAGAGACUGCCAGCUGCUGGAGCACAAGGAACACAGGUACCAGUUCCUGGAGGAGGCUUUUGAGAAUCAGAAAGGAAUUAUUGAGACGUUUAUGGCCAAACUGCACGAAAAGAGAAAUUAUGUACAGUAUUCUGCCGCUCAGGUGCAAAAUAGAUUAAAAGAGGCGUCCGAGACGCACAAGAAGGUUGAGCAUGAGAUUAAAAUCGCAGUCUUUACACUUAUAAAUGAAAUCAACAAGAAAGGCAAAUCUCUACUUCAGCAGCUGGAGAGUGUAACGAAGGAGCGCACAAUGAAGUUGCUUAACCAGCAGCGGGACAUCAACUCACUGGCACAGCAGAUCCUGCACGUUCUCCGCUUCACACACUGGGCCAUCGGCAACGGCAGCAGCACCGCCUUGCUCUACAGCAAGAGACUGAUCACAUUCCAGCUUCGCUUCCUGCUUAAAGCUCGCGUUGACCCGGUGCCUCAUGCCAACGGAGCGGUCCGCUUCUUCUGUGACCCCACGUUCUGGGCGAAGAACGUCGUAAACCUUGGAAACCUGGUGAUUGAGAAGGUACCCCCACCGGCUCCUCAUCCUCCCAACAUGAUGGUGGGGCAGCAGAUCUCACCCAGUCACAACACGGCAGGGAAACACCCUGGGCAGAUCAGCCUGGCGCAGCUGCGGCUGCAGCACAUGCAGCAUGCUUCUUUCCAACAGAAACAGCAGCAGCAGCAGCAACAACAGCAACAACAGUUGCAGCAGCAGCAGAUGCAACAGCAAAUGCGCCUCGCCUCGCAGAUGGCCCAGCACCCGCGGCAGGUAGGGCCGCCUCAGAUGAUGCAGCAGCAGCCUCCAAGACUCAUUAGCAUGCAGUCGCUGCAGAGGGAGGGUGUUAACGGCGGGCCGCAUAUGUACCCCCCUCCCCCUCACAUGCGCAUGACCAAUUCUCAGAACCGCAUGCCUGUCGCACAACCCCGCCUCAACGGGCAGCUGUAUCCCAUGAUGCAACCGCAGCUCCAGAGACAGCAUUCCAACCCCGGCCACGCCGGCCCCUUUCCCGUGGCGUCUCUGCACAACAUCAGCGCCAACAACCCUACCAGCCCUACCAGCGCCAGCAUGGCUAGUGUCCAUGGCCACCGGGGACCCACCAGCCCCGUGGUGGGUCCCAUCGAGCUUAUUCCUUCAGUGACAAACCCUGAGAACCUACCUUGUCUCCCUGACAUACCUCCCAUUCAGUUGGAAGACGCAGGUUCGAUUGCAUUGGACAGUAUCUUAAGUCGCGUCAUUUCUGCCACCACACACCCCCCAACUCUAGCAUCCAACAACAACCUGAACUCCUCACCGGGCCCCUCCACACACUCUCCCGGGUCGUCAGGGUUAUCAAGCUCUCUCACCCCUGCACGGCCCUCCAGCUCCUCCAGCACAGGAAGUCGUGGCAGCCGAGGGUCAGCAGGAAGUUCAGGACCCGGGAACACAGCCGCAGAACAGGUGAAGGUCAAACAGGAGCCUGGAGCGGAGGAGGAGUGUGGAUUCUCCGGGGCCAGUGUCAAGUCUGAACGGGGCAAAGAUGGCCGACGGAGCGCUUGCAUGAUGAGCAGUCCGGAGGCCAGCAUGACUCCGCCUCUCCCCGUGCUGGGUUCCGUGUCCACCGGUUCCGUGCAGGACAUUUUAAGGACGCUGGGAGAGAAUGUUAAAAUCGAGCAUCAGAGUGAGAACCAGCUGCCGUCCUGCAGCAGCACGCAAAAGCCGAACUCUCAAAGCAGUACUCAUUUCACCAACGGGACUCAGACCACUCCGCUCUCCCAUCGGUCCCCGAGGGGCAGCAUCAGCGCCUCUCAGACCAACGCCAACAACCAGUCGAGCACGGAAGGUAAAGAGGACGACCCCAACGAAGACUGGUGUGCGGUGUGUCAGAACGGCGGAGAGCUCCUGUGCUGCGACCGCUGCCCGAAAGUCUUCCACAUUACCUGCCAUAUUCCUAUACUGCGCUCCUCACCAAGCGGAGACUGGAUGUGCACAUUUUGUAGAAGUCUAACCAAUCCUGAGAUGGAGUAUAUUUGUGACGAUGAUCCUCCUGGUAAAAAGGACAAGAGUGAGCAGGGGCUGAGUCCUGAGGACCAGAGGAGAUGCGAGCGUCUGCUGCUUUAUAUAUUCUGUCACGAGUUAAGUGUAGAGUUUCAAGAACCUGUUCCUUCUACGGUGCCCAACUACUAUAAGAUCAUAAAGCACCCCAUGGAUCUGAACCUUGUGAAGAGAAAGCUGCAGCUUAAGCACCCACAGCACUACCAGAGCCCCAAAGAUUUCGUCUACGACGUCCGUCUGGUGUUCAGCAACUGUGCCAAGUACAACGAGAUGUCUCGAAUAAUCCAGGUAUAUGAUGAGGAGAAACAGAGUAAUGUGCAGGCCGACUCGGAGGUCGCCGAAGCAGGAAAAGCCGUCAGUUUGUACUUCGAGGAAAAGCUGGCCCUGCUUUUUCCCAACCAGAGUUUCCCGGUAGAACCGGAGAAAAGAUCACGGGACGAAGGCGUCGCCGCCGUCGCCGCUGCUACCGCCACCGCCGCCACUGCCGAGGGAGCAGAAGAGGACUCGGACGAUGAUUUCGUGCAGCCGAAGCGGAAGAGGUUAAAACCCGAGGAAAAACCCGUACACAUAAAGUGAAGAGGAUCCUAGGACGUACAGUAGGAGCUGCAAAAACCAGUGUUUUUGGUCUUCCUCACAAAUUUCUUUUGCGUUCUGCUCAGACUGACUCAUGCCGGACUCGACGUAUUCAGAGCACAUGUUCCUGUCCUGCUUACUACGAAGGUUUAUUGUAAAUAAGUAUAAACUAUGAAACGUAUGUCCUUUUUUCUUUUUGGGAGAGGUCAUCAAGACGAGUUGGAUUUUGUCUUUAUUCUUUGUCUCUCAUUGGAAUGUGCUGACAAGGACUUUGUAUUUAAAACUGAGUUUGGACUUGAUUAAACAUUGUUUUCCUUUCUGUUUUUUUUUUUUUUUCAAUCAUAUAUGACCACAUUUGUAAAUCUGUUGUGAUUUAUGCUUUAUAAAAGGACUGAACCUCCCACCUGCUCGUCUUGCUGUAUGAUAAACAUUUACGGCUUAUCUGCUCCUUGUACACGUGCAUUUGUUCCGUUGCGGUUUCGUGCUCUUCUGUAAAUAAUUCCUCAUUUCGAAAGGUUGAUAAAUGGUCAUUUCUUCCUCUCCCAAUAAAACAGUCACCACUGUA